CCUUUCGGUCGUCGGACCCGGCGCGGCAUUGCUACCCUCUUCUCCCCGUGCCUGGUUACCCUAGGCAACGGCACCUUUCCUCUUCCUUCCUCCUCCUCCUCCUCCUCUUCCUCUGCCCCCACCCUCCGGCUUAGCUCCUGUACCCCAUCACUAUCAACAUGUCCUGGGACCCGGUGAGCACCCUGUGCGAGCAGCUGGUGAAGGCGGUCACGGUGAUGAUGGACCCGGCCUCCACUCAGCGAUACCGUCUGGAGGCCCUCAAGUUCUGUGAAGAAUUUAAAGAAAAGAGCCCAGUAUGUGUUCCCUGUGGACUGAAGCUGGCAGAGAAAACCCAGACUGCUAUUGUCAGGCAUUUUGGUCUUCAGAUCCUGGAGCAUGUGGUGAAGUUCCGAUGGAACACUAUGGGUCGGCUUGAAAAAGUCUAUUUGAAGAACAACGUCAUGGGACUCAUAUCCAGUGGUACCCAGAAUAUUUUAGAGGAAGAAAGUCACAUAAAGGAUGUUCUUUCUCGCAUUGUAGUGGAGAUGAUCAAACGUGAAUGGCCCCAGCAUUGGCCUGACAUGUUAAAGGAGCUGGACACACUCUCCAAACAAGGGGAAACCCAAACAGAGUUGGUGAUGUUUAUACUUCUGCGUUUGGCAGAAGAUGUGGUGACUUUCCAGACACUGCCAGCCCAACGACGACGGGAUAUCCAGCAAACACUCACCCAGAACAUGGAGAAGAUUUUUAGCUUUCUGCUCAACACCCUGCAGCAGAACGUUAAUAAAUACAGACGCAUGAAAAUGGAUGCAUCUCAAGAAACAAAAGCACAAGCAAAUUGUCGAGUAGGGAUAGCAGCGCUCAAUACUCUGGCCGGCUAUAUUGACUGGGUGGCUAUGAGUCACAUCAUAGCAGAUAACUGCAAGCUCCUAGAGAUGCUCUGCCUUCUCUUGAACGAGCCGGAACUGCAAGUGGGAGCGGCCGAGUGCCUCUUGAUUGUGGUCAGCAGGAAAGGGAAACUGGAGGAUCGCAAGCCGUUGAUGGUUUUGUUUGGGGAUGUUGCUAUGCACUACAUUCUCUCUGCUGCUCAGACUGCAGAUGGUGAAGGCCUAGUAGAGAAGCACUAUGUUUUCUUGAAGAGACUUUGCCAAGUCUUGUGUUCUUUGGGCAGCCAGCUGUGUGCAUUGGUGGGCUCUGAUUCAGAAGUGGAAACACCUGUCAACUUGGGGAAAUACCUUGAGUCAUUUCUAGCUUUCACAACCCAUCCCAGUCAGUUUUUGCGGUCAUCCACCCAGAUCACAUGGGGAGCUCUUUUUCGACAUGAAGUUUUGUCACGUGAUCCUCUGUUGUUGGCUAUUAUCCCAAAUUAUCUGAGGGCAUCUAUGACUAAUCUAGUGAAGGUGGGCUUCCCUUCCAAGACAGACAGUCCCAGUUGUGAAUAUUCUCGCUUUGAUUUUGACAGUGACGAGGACUUUAAUUGCUUCUUCAACUCUUUCCGUGCACAACAGGGAGAGGUGAUAAGGAUGGCAUGUCGGUUGGACCCUCGGACUGGCUUCCAAAUGGCUGGGGAGUGGCUGAAAUACCAGCUGACCAUUCCUGUCGACAUUGGAACCAUGAACUCAAAAACUAACGAAAGUCACUGCUCCAUCUUCUCUCCGGCCUUUGUUCAGUGGGAUGCAAUGACCUUCUUCUUGGAGAGUAUCAUUAGCCCAAUGUUCCGGACCCUGGAUAAGGAAGAGGUCCCAGUGUCUGAUGGCAUAGAACUGCUGCAGCUUGUCCUCAGCUUUGAGACAAAGGAUCCCCUCAUCCUGUCCUGUGUCCUUUCUAAUGUCUCCGCACUCUUUCCAUUUGUCACAUACAGGCCAGAAUAUCUGCCAGAAGUUCUUUCUAAGCUCUUUGCCUCUGUUACCUUUGAAGUUGUAGAGGAAAGUAAGGCUCCAAGAACUCGUGCGGUGAAGAAUGUGAGAAGACAUGCCUGCUCCUCCAUCAUCAAGAUGUGUCGCGAUUACCCUCAGCUUGUCUUGCCAAACUUUGAUAUGCUGUAUAACCAUGUGAAGCAGCUGUUAUCCAAUGAGCUGCUCCUGACCCAGAUGGAGAAGUGUGCUCUCAUGGAAGCCCUGGUCCUUAUUAGCAACCAGUUCAAGGAUUACCAGCGUCAGAAGGUGUUCUUGGAAGAGCUGAUGUCUCCUGUUGCUACCCUGUGGCUGUCUGAAGAGAUGAAGAGAGUCCUGAUGAAUCCUGAAGAUUUUAUCCGCUAUGUUGGUGCAAAUAACAGAAUUGCAGAUCCGGUCAUGGAAGAUUCCUGUGGCCUGAACCGUUCUAGAAUAAGCUUUUGUGUGUACACCAUUCUGGGAGUGGUAAAGCGAGCUCGUUGGCCCGCUUCCUUGGAAGAGGCAAAGGCUGGAGGUUUUGUGGUUGGGUACUUGUCUAAUGGCAACCCAAUCUACCGUAACCCCUGCUCUGUGCAGGUCCUGAAACUUUUCGACAACUUGCUUGCUCUCAUAAGGACCCACAACAACCUGUAUAUGCCAGAGAUGGUGGCUAAACUGGGAGAAACCUUUGCAAAGGCCUUAGAUAUGCUGGAAGUGGAGAAGAAUGCCAUCCUAGGCCUCCCUCAGCCUCUGCUGGAACUUUAUGAUUCUCCUGUUUAUAAAACGGUGUUGGAAAGGAUGCAGGGCUUUUUCUGUACCCUGUAUGACAACUGUUUCCAUGUUCUGGGGAGUGCUGGCUUAUCAAUGCAGCAAGAUUUCUACACUGUUGAUGGUCUAGCAACUGAGCUGCUCAACUCUGCUUUUAUCAAUCUUGACAAUAUUCCUGACUACAGACUCCGCCCUAUGCUUCGUGUGUUCGUGAAACCCUUGGUCCUCUCCUGCCCACCUGAACACUAUGAACCUCUUCUCUGUCCUAUACUUGGGCCACUCUUCACCUACUUACGUAUGAGGCUGUCCCAGAAAUGGCAGGUUAUCAACCAGCGGAGUUUGCUUUGUGACGAGGACACAGCAGAUGACAACCCAGAAUCCCAAGAGAUGUUGGAGGAGCAGCUGGUUAGGCUGCUCACCCGAGAAGUCAUGGAUCUAAUUGCUGUUUGCUGCGUCUCAAAGAAAGGUGCUGAACAGAAUAAUGCUGUUGCAGCAGAUGGAGAUGAUGAGGAAAUGAUGUCCACAGAGGUGACUCCACCAUCCAGCUCUGAGCUCACCGAAUUGGGCAAGUGCUUGAUGAAACAAGAGAAUGUCUGCACUGCUCUGCUGAUUACAGCAUUCACAUCCCUUUCCUGGAAGGAUACCCUGUCUUGCCAAAGAACUACCUCACAUCUCUGCUGGCCGCUCCUCAAACAGGUGCUCACAAGGAACUUGAUGAUCCCCGCAGCAGUGACCUGGUUUUUCACAAGUGUACUGAAAGGGUUACAGGUGCAUGGGCAACAUGAUGGUUGUAUGGCAGCUCUUGUUCACUUGGCUUUCCAGAUCUAUGAAGCUUUGCGUCCACGCUAUGCUGAGCUGAAGGCAGUGAUGGAGCAGGUUCCAGAAAUUCAGAAAGAGUCCCUGGAACAGUUUGAUUCCAAGCUACUCAAUCUAACGUUGCAAAAAGUGGCCGACAAGCGCCGGAAGGACCAUUUUAAACGCCUAAUCGCAGGCUGUAUAGCGAAGCCCCUAGGAGAGCAAUUCAGGAAGGAAGUUCAUAUCAGAAACCUCCCGUCUCUUUUCAAGAAGGUGAAAGAUUCCCUAGAAGCAGACACAUUGGAUAACAAUGAAGAUGGAACCCUCGUCCCACUCUUUGAGCCAUAAGCGCAAGACACUUCCACUACCCUAUUCUCCCUUUGUAUUCUGUGUUCUUUCACAGUAGCCAUUUGUUUACUUUGUCUCCUCUUUCCUGAGCCUGGAUACAGCUCUCAAUGGCCUCAUUCUCUUUCUGCUUGGGAGACGGGAUGUGAACUAAAAACUCAGGCCAGUAUACAAAACGUAACCAGACUGAUUUUUCCAGCUCCCCUUGCAGCUUUAUUGCAGAGUUGGUUUUUCUUGGGAAAUUGCCUAGCCAUUCAGCCCCAACUAUCAGUGGGCAAGUUCUUUAGGAGUUCACCUUCACACACACACACAGAGCGCUUUCCCAGUGACGAGAACAUGCUACCAGAUUUCCAUUGUUUGUCAUUCUUCAAUCAGGAUACCUGCACUGUGGGCUGCCUCACUAUGACACUAAUAGGACUCCUUCUGCUUCCCUUUUGGAAAGGCCCAGGUUUCCUGAGGUAACACAGUCUGCACACUGAGUGUUGCUGCACCCUAGUCUCCACUGAUAUUGAGAAAAAUCGUUUCUCUUGAGAAGUAGCACUUGGCCAUAUAUCCCACCAAACCAAGGAGCAUUCAGGAACUGGUUAAAAACACACACCUCCUUUUGUUAUCAGCUUGGCUCAACCAUGCCUCAGGAAGCCUAAAGCAAAAUAACGUCUCCUCCUUUGCCCUAGAAAUAUUAUCGAAACAGGUAUUGUAGCUCCAAAUCUGGCAUCAGUGGGCAGAAGCCUGAAUAUUUGAGAUAAUGGUCCAAGGCUACUUUCUGCUGGUCUGAAAUACUUAACUAGGCUGAAGUGCUGCACUUCAGAGGACAGCAGCAGAGUUCUAAUCAUUCUCUGCAGUACCUGGUGGUGAUACAAAAUGCCUCCAAAGCAGUAGUUUAGGGUUGACGUGCAUAGCAUAGGAUUCUUGGCUUAAAAUGGCCCAGAACUUAAAAGUUUGAAUCUGAAGAAAUCAGUCUUUCUGUGCUGACUAGAAGGAGGUUGCUUAACUGCUGUAGUAGUUUGACCGGAGAUGCUAAUGUUUAACUAAAGAGAGGUAUGUUUUAUGUGGCUUUGCAGUGCACAGAUCUAGUGACAUGGAGGAAAGCAGGCCUUAACAUGGCGUUCAGAUCUUCACUAAUAGCCUGACUCCACUCUGACUUCUAUACUGUUUCCCCUCAAAUCUUUAUCUCCAUGUAACUUCUAUUAAAACAAAAGUCCCCUGAUAAAUAGCUUUGGAGUCUAGCCUAACUGUAUUUAUUGUGUCUUGAUUAUAUUUUUAACUUUCUGUGACCAUGAUAGAAGCAUUUUAAAUAAUUUUGAGGGGUUUUUUGUUCAUUUGUUUUUUUGGUAGGGAUGUUGUACCUGAAGAAGUCUUCAAAUCAAUUGUGAUACACCUCUGAAUGUCAGUAAAGGUCUUUCAG